CUUGCAGAAGCUGGCCAACUUCAUUUGACAUUCCAAGCGAAUUACGUCCAGUUUUAUUCUAAAGAAAUUUACUUUAAGAUAUUUAUUAUUCCACAUACAAUGAAUUGAUUAUUGCUUAGUUUUAUUGAUACACACAAAGUGACAAUGAAUUUGCUUAUAUUAAUUUGUGUUGUGCUGCAGACCGUAAAUUCGUAUACGGAAUGUUAUCGUCAUGAUAGUUGUGUGCAAUGCAUUCAAAUUGUGGGUUGCGUUUACGGAGUAACAAGUUCAAGUGCUCGGAAAUGUUUUCAUCGUGACGAGAUUCCGGUUGGAAUUUUGGCAACCUUUCGAAAUCCGACUGCAUGUAAAAGAAUUUACAGGUUUGCAACCACCCAGACGAGUGCAUUUGAUUACCAUUCUAAAAGUGGAAGCAAUAUCAUUGUUAAAGAAGAGAUAAUGCACAAUGUUUUAACAGAGCGGGUUUCAACCUCCACCACAACUGAAAAUCAAUUGUAUACUUCAACAUUACCUACUUUCACGACUUUGCCAACGACCAAAAUAGUGACGACCAAUUUUUAUUUGCCGGAAACCUUACAUCCCACACAACCAAGUGUUGAUCACGAGCAAGACAAUUCAGAGACCACAACGGAGACAAUAAUAAACACUGCUGUCGCCGAAAAACUGGCAAUCGAGACUACAAUCCUACCAAUGGUGGAAUCAACUACGCAUUUCUCUGAGCUAAUUCAUCGGCCCACUGAUCCAUUCCUGUUGCUGAAUACGAGCAUCACAAUUGGGGAAACCAAUAAUACUGCGAAUUGGAAUAAUGGUUCCAACCAUAGUGGAAGUUUCAACUCUUCCGUCCCGACAACUACCAAUUUAACGAUUUCGACUUUUCCAGUUGUAGCAGCAAGAAAACGGAAAAUGUGGAGCACCUAUGACACAAUUGGAUUAUAUGCAUGCAGAAUUACUAAAUUACUUAAGAAGAAUAAUUUCUUUCAUGAUCGAGAUCUUUCUACUAUUAAUAAUAUCAUAUCGAGGAAAUUUGAUUAUGUAUUAUGUGAUUCGUUACUCAGCGGAAAGCCAAUAUUUUAUGCCAAAAACAUUUAAAUAUAUGCAACAAGUUAAUUAAGCAAAUGCAUUUGCAGAGUGUUGGAUUUAGAGGAAGUUCUAGCAAUAAAUAAUUAUGAUAAUUUUAUUACAAUAAA